CCACACAGAGCGAGCAGUAGCGACCAGCGGUAGUCUAACAAUGCUGUUCCGGGUGGUCAGAUGCACGGUAUCGUUUUGAGAGUUUUGUGUAUAGUUUUGAUCGAGUGUAUACAAAGAAUGGCCGGGGAGCCUCGUGAGACAGGGCAUACGAAGCCGCUGGUGCAGCUUUUUCCGAAAGCGUCCGAGUGCGUGUAUACGAGUUGUUACUGCGAGGAAAAUGUAUGGAAGCUGUGUCAGGAUGUAGCGACGAGACACGGAUCGGAAUUACAGCAUUGCUACGUUGCUUUCGUGAGCAACUCCUGGCGUAGCGUACCGCUUUGGCGACAACGGGCAGGAAAGAACGAGGAUAAGCUCGUAGUUUGGGACUUCCACGUAAUCCUAAUCUACGCACCUGACGAAAGGGCGGUCGUAUACGAUUUAGAUAGCGCGUUGCCGUUUCCGACGCAUUUCUGGAAAUACGCGAUGGAAACGUUUAGAUCGGACGAAGUGUUACAACCGCAGCAUCAUCGAAGAUUCCGAGUGGUGCCGGCGAACGUUUACUUGAGAGAAUUCGCGUCGGAUCGGCAUCACAUGAAACGCGAGGAUGGUACAUGGAUCAAGACACCGCCGGAUUAUCCGCCGAUCUCAACAGCAACGUGCAAGGACAACUUGGAUUCGUUUAUCAACAUGGAUCCAGAGACCGGGUUCGGGGUUGUACUGACGUUAGAGCAAUUAUUCAACCGAUUUCACAGGCCGAACGCGAAGGCAACCGCUCCUCGUACACCUCAACCGCAACCAACACCGACUUAAGUAUACCUGCUAAAUAAGUUUCGCCAGGAUAACGAUUCUUUGCUUCGAUUUUCAAUUGUCAGAACGGAUGGAAAAAAGAAAAAAAAUCAAUUUUAUGGCCUAAGGGAAUUGUUUAGGUGCAUGUACCUUUGUGAAGCUGAAAAUAUUGGGUCAGAAAUUCGGCGAUAUCACUUAACCGUUGCUAAUUGUUAAAAAGGAGAAGAAGAAAAAUAUUGCAGCCACGUUUCUACGAGCUACGAACGAGAUAGCUAAAUUGGAACCGAAAUAUUCUUUUCUACGAAGCAUUCCUGAUUUUUUUUUUACA